AUGCCCAACCAAAAGGCAUCGUCCCAGCAACACCACAGCCGCCGACACUCGUGGCCGCCCUUCUCGGCGCGCCACCUCCGGGCCGUCGCACCCGUGCACUUCCACCUCAGCCCCUCGGGCAGUUCGAAGAAGCGCGCGGCAGCAGCGGCAGCAGCAGCAGCGGCGGCGGCGGGAGCAGCGGCACCCGCCACCAUUCCCUUCUCGCCGUCUUCGUCGUCGACCAACAUAUCGCAAAGACCGCCGACGCCAUACGUCGUGGUUUCGCCGCCGACGCCGCCCGAGCAUCCGCCGGAGCUCCCGGACAUCGACGACGACCCGUUCGCGCAUUUCCUGAGCCCGAUGAACGAGGAGGACGACCCGUACGACGAGCUGUCCUUCAGCGCCGGCAUCAUCCCCUCCGACGACAGCGCGACGGACGAGGACGAGGACGGCGCUGUCGGGGGCGGCGGCGGCGGCGAGUGGGACGACGACGAGACGAGGAGGAUCGAGGAGGAAGACAAGCUGAGGAACAAGCUGGCGCGGCGCUGGGCAAAGUACAUCGCCAAGUACCGAGCGGCGGAGGAGGAGGAGGAGGCAGGGCUGAGGGGGGAUGGGCAGGAGGCGCAGCGGAAGAGGAGGAACGACGAAGUGGCGGUGACGGACGAAGGGUACAUGAGCGAGGACUGCGGCACGCCCGUGCUGGUGAGGAAGCAGAGGCCUGGUCCCGAGCCGCUGGAGCCCUACAGGACGGUCGUGCGCGAGCCCACCAAGGGGAGGGCUCAAGACCUGGUUGACGGGAGGAUGAGGAAGAGGAGGAAGCACCGCCAUUCGUGGAGGGCGCCGGACCAGGACCUGUUCACGGUCGUCGAGGAAGGCGAAGGUGCCAUGGAUUCCGAGAUUGAGCAGCGCUACUUUUCUACGUGA